AUGACCGAACUUGCACGCACGCUGCCAGCUUCCUGGUACUGCAGCCUUCCGCUCUACCAACUGGAGCGAAGAGCUGUUUUCAUGAAGUCUUGGUAUCUCCUUGGACCUGUGACGAAGUUCCAGAAAGUCGGGGAAAAGAUCGAGUAUGAGAUUGCACAACAGCCAAUCUUGGCCUUUAGAGCCUCCGGCAGUUCUUCUUUACCUGAACCAGGCGAGUUCCAUGUAAUCUGUGCGAAAACAGGGAACCCGCUGCGGUACCAUAUCACUCCAACCGGCCUCAUCUUCACGACCCUCUCAGAUGAAGCGCCUAGCUUUCAUGAGUAUUUCCCGGACCUGGAGCCAUUGUUGGAGAGAGUAGACUUUACCAAACUACCCUACAGGCACAGUAUCAAAUAUGAAGGACGAUUCAACUGGAAGACUAUGGUCGACGGAUACCAAGAAUGCCUUCAUUGCCAAUACACUCAUCCAUCGUUUUCCGUCUACUAUCCGCCGACCUUCUACACCGUUCACAAUCACCAAAACUUUUCGCAACACAUUGCAGAUCCUAAUAAGCCAGAUGAUGGGCUGUUUCUCUAUUUCUUCCCGAACUGUACAUUGAACGUGUAUGGUGGAGGGAUGUCUUCGUUCCGGGUUUGCCCAACAGAAGACCCAAAUAUCACCCGAAUGGAAUUCGACUACUACCACAUGGAAUCCGGCGAGAAGUUCAAAGAGUACUUCAAGUUCGUCCGUCAGGUGGCUAUGGAGGACUAUGAACUCUGCGAGAAGGCCCAGGAUAACCUUGGGAGGGGGGUGUAUAGUGAAGGGAUUCUGAAUCCUGAGAAAGAGAAUGGUGUUUCCUCACCCACAUUGCUUGCACUGCUAGCUGGGAUUGCUUUCCUAUAUCGGUUCUGGCCAUAUAGAUCAACUCCAACCCCUAAGCUAUUGAAUCCUGAGAAAUCCGCGACCCUUGGUACAAUUCCAGAUGUCACGGAAGAGGAGAAUCGUGGAGUCUUCAAAGAAUCAGAUUUCCCAGCAGGCUGGUGGGUGAGCAAGGAUGUUUUCGAGCUCGAAAAGCGUGCAAUCUUUAGUAAGACCUGGCUGUGUCUCUCUCAUCGCAAUCGCUUUGCGAAGGUUGGUGACUACCAGUCCUUCGAGGUGGCUGGGUUUCCCAUUUUCCUGAUCUUAGGAAAAGACGGGAAGGUUAGAGCUUUCCACAACGUCUGUCGUCAUAGAGCGUACACAGUCACGAAGAAAGAAUGUGGAUCCUCUGCGGUGCUUGGUUGUCGAUAUCAUGGCUGGAGUUAUAACACCUACGGCGAACUUACCAAGGCUCCUCAUUUCGAUGAUAUUCCAGGCUUUGACAGAUCACAGAACAGCCUCUUCGCCAUUCAUACGGUUACGAACGGACUUGGGUUUAUCUUCGUUAACCUUGAGGCUAGUCCAAGAAUCCCGUCGGCCGACACAAGCCUUUUGGAUGCCUUUGCGAGCAACAAUAGACUGGACUCUCAGUCCAUAUGGGUAGCAGGGCAAACCAUCAAGGCAGAUUUCAAUUGGAAAAUGACCUUCAGGCAGCAGCAAUUGAUCGACUUCCUCAGGCUAGAGAAUGAGAUUGAGCAGAAGAGCAAUAUACCCCAAGUGACCAGUAUUUUGAACUAUGUUCGGGCGAAAUCAGAGCACUUUUCGCUCUUCCCCUUUACCUCUUUCUACUCAAUGAAGAGGACUGGAUGGUGGUGUGCGCUGAGCUUCUUACCAGUAUCUGAACAGAAGACGGCAAUCCGAUACGACCUGUACUGCUCAAAGAUUGAUAGUUCUCGUUCACAGGUAGCUGCGGAUAAACUGGCCGAACUUUUGGAGGAGAAAGCCCGGGAACUAGAAACAGAGUACCAAGAGUACAAGAAUAUUCUCGACUGCCUCGAAGCUCAUAUCAAGCUGGAAAAAGCGCAGGGGGUCGAAGUAUUUCCAGCGAUGAGAAAGCCAAGGGAGAAUUCCAGGUUUCAGCAAGCUGAACAACUCUGCAAGGAGCUCGACUGUAAGAGCGAGCUCAUAGGAAAAGAUCUCGCAUGGUGA